UUUUUUUCCUUUCAAAGUGAGGACCAUGGGUUCACUGUCGCUGGCCUGGGUGGGAGAUGGAUCCGGGGUGCUGCUGGUGUUGACAACAUUUCAGGUGCCGUCGUUCAUGAUGCGUUUCGGCCAGUCUAACCUCUACAGGAGUGAAGACUAUGGCAAGACGUUUAAAGAUGUGACUCACCUGAUCAACCACACCUUCAUCCAGAGUGAGUUUGGCAUCGCCAUCGGUCCCGACCACUCUGGCAAGGUGAUGCUCACUGCUGAUGUGUCAGAAAUCAGGAGGUUUAAACUGUUUCGCUCGCAGGACUUUGGCAUGACCUUUGUUCCAACCGACCUGCCGUUUGAGCCCCUCAUUCAGAUGCUGUACAACCCUGGAGACUGCAACGUACUGCUGACUCUCAGUAUCACGUUGGACCUGUGGCUGACUGAGGACUUUGGUGCCACCUGGAGGAAGAUCCAUGACAGUGUUUGUUUGGUCAGAUGGGGUCCAAAAGACAGUAUCUACUUUACAACAAACUACAAUGGCUCAUGCAAUGAUAAAGGAAUGUUGGAGUUAAGGAAGACAGCAGACUAUGGUCGAAGUUUCCAGACCAUCGCAACAAGAGUUUACUCCUUUGUACUGGGAGGGCGCUUUGUUUUUGCCUCCAUCAUGACUGGCACGGGUACAGAGCGUGUGAUCCACGUGUCAGUGGACGGAGGUGAGGUGUGGAACAUGGCUCAGCUUCCUCCAGUCAACCACGAGCAGUUCUACUCCAUAUUGGCAGCCAAUCAGGACAUGAUAUUCAUGCACGUGGACAACCCUGGAGACUCCGGUGCUGGAACCAUCUAUGUGUCAGAUGACAGAGGAGCCGUGUUCUCCAAGUCUCUGGAGCGCCAUCUUUACACGACCACAGGAAGCGACACUGACUUCACUGUCAUUACUUCACUCAGGGGUGUCUACAUGACCAGCGUACUAACACAGGAUGGUGCAGUGGAGACAGUGAUCACCUUUGACCAAGGAGCAAAAUGGCAGACGCUCCACAGACCACAGAACAGCCACUGUGACACUGAGACCUCUACCAACAGGCCUAACAGAUGCAGACUUCACAUUCACGCCUCCUACAGCACCACCAUGAAGAUGAACGUCCCCAUGCUGCCUCUUUCACAGCCCAGUGCUGUGGGCCUCAUUCUGGCUCAUGGCAGCGUCGGAGACGCAGAGUCAGCUCUGUCCCCUGAUGUGUACGUGUCUGAUGACGGGGGCUACUCGUGGCUGUUGGCUCUCAGGGGCCCCCAUCAUUAUGCUAUACUGGACUCUGGAGGGCUGCUGGUGGCUGUGGAGCACACCAACUCACCUGUCAACCAGAUCAAGUUUUCAACAGAUGAGGGGCAGUGCUGGCAUACAUAUAACUUCACCAGCGACCCCCUUCACUUCAGCGGUAUGGACAGUGAGCCCGGCUCUCGCUCCUUGAACGUCAGCUUGUGGGGCUACAGGACCGACUUCAGUAAAUGGGUUGUGAUCACCAUAGACUUCAGGAAGCUCCUCACCAGAGACUGUACUGAAGGGGACUAUGUACAGUGGCUGGCUCACUCUGCAGACCCCAGUGGAUCUAGUGAUGGCUGUGUGCUGGGCUAUAAAGAGACCUUCUUACGCCUGAGGAAAGACUCUGUCUGCUGGAAUGGGAGGGACUUUGCUGUCACCAAGAAGCUGUCCCCCUGUCCAUGUACAGUUGACGAUUAUCACUGUGACUUUGGAUAUUACCGGCCAGAGAAUAGCUCAGAGUGUGUGGAGCAGAAGGAGAUGAAGGGUCAUCCUCUGGAGUUCUGUUUAAAUGGGACCACCGAACAGCUACAGACCAGCGGCUACCGGAAGAUUCCAGGAGACCAUUGUGAGGGAGGUUUUCAGCCAGACAGGAAGGAGACGGACCUGAGGCGGAUGUGCACCAGCAACGCCCUUUAUCCAAAUUCUCUGACUGAAAACAGUUCACCGAACACAGCUGUCAUAGUGAUGGUUGUCAUAGCGAUCCUUCUGACAAGUGCUAUUGCAGGCGUUUGGCUGGUAAAGAAAUAUGUCUGCGGUGGACGGUUCCUUGUGCACCGAUACUCUGUUAUGAGAGAACAUGUUGAGGCUGUUAAAAUAGAAGGAGUCGAUGAUCUUGACACUCAUUACAUGGAGACAGGAAAAGCACAGUACAACGAAGAUUCAGAUCAGGACCUCUUAGAAUAAGGUGGACAUUACUCCUCACUCAAAGGCUCAUCAAGCCUAAAUCUAACUUUCAUGAUGCCUGGGAACUCCUGUUGCUCCCACAUGCCGAUUAACAUCUGCUUCUCACUUCUUGCUAUCCCCUGGUGGCUGGAGGACUCAGCAGCAACUUACAUUGCUUCAUGUACCAGUUGAGUCUCCCACAAAAAGGCGAACUGGUGGUUUUGGGAGGGGGACAAACCCAGUGCAGAACAGAAGAAAGUCUCUGGGGUUCCUGGAGAGCUUUUGUUGUUUCUGUCACAAAGAGUUCUCUGUUGUGCUCUGCAUGUUUCCUUUCAUGCUGACCUUAGAAAAGAUGGCCUUUCAUAUCGGGAUGAACUGCAAAAGCACAAUACAGAGGCUAGAUAUAGAGGCUUACAGAACAUUUUAUAUAAGAGUUAGGGAACAGUCAAACAGAACACAGAAAAUAAUAAUCAAUAUUUUAGCUCAGAGAUUAUGUCUGCUGUCAGUUAAGUAGUUUUUGUAUUCAGUAAUUUUAAACAUUAAGUUACAGUCCUGGUGGCCAUUUUAUCAAUAAUUUUGUCAGCUUCACCAGUCAUUAAAAUUAGGCUAGACUACUCAUUAUGAGUUACUUGUUAGUCACAAGUUCUUUAGAAAUGAGCACUUUUAAUUUUAAUAGCAGCUACUGAGAGCAGUAAUGCCUCCUCUAAUGUUACUGGUCACUAUUUCUGACUAGUGGUGUUUUUGUUUUUACCAUACACAGUAUACAAUAUGUUUUUUACUGGUAUAAUGGACCAGAAUAGUAAUGCAAGUAAUGAACUUUAGAUAUGAACCUUUGGAUGGAUUUUUUUUUAUAUAUAGCAAUAACUUUUUAAUAGUCUGAUUUUUUUCAUGCCACUUUCACUUUUAAAAGUAGGUAAUAUAGAAUCAAAUAUUUUAACAGUUAUAUACUAUUAUUCAUACAUACAGUAUGUCUACCUUUUUGUUUUCAUCAUUGUAAUUAUUAUUAAAUAGUUUAUAUUUAUAGAUGAGUCAAACUAAAUUGAAACUGUAACCAGAACAUAAAAAUAAGUACAAAUGCUUUGUAGAUGGUAAAAGCCACAUUAGUGACUACUAGUGCUUAUUUAGAAGAACUUGUAACUAUUAUCAGCCACCAGAUCAAUAAUGUCGGCUAACAAGAACAAUAAAAGAAGUCACUGAGAAAUAAAUGCUAGUCUUUCAUUUGUAGUGCCUAUUGAAACUUUUAAAAAGAAAUGUUAAAAGGGCCUGCCAUUGUUGUAAGAUAAAACUAUUUUUUAUACAGUGAAGCAAUACCAUCUACUCCCUUUGUAUGUGUGGUAAACAUGAAAGACUUGAAUUAUUGCCAAAGCACUUUUACUGUUUAGUUUUCUAAUUGUAGAGGUGAGGUUCUAUAGGUGAAACCUAACCUUAGCCCAGCAUUAUAUGAAGUAUAAUGCUAACCCAAACCCUUUACUUGAACUUUCAGAUUUUUUCCUUAACAGGGUGCACCAAUAUGUUGCUGUUGUUUAUUUUGUUUUUUUAUUAUUAUUUGGCUGAUAUUUUCCCUAUAUCAGCCAAUAGCAAUAUGCAUUUGUCUAAUGAGCUUAAUGCAGGUGCAGGCAUAAUCAUCAAGUAAUCAAAUGUUUUUAGAGACCAUGCUUGUUUCUGUUACUAAUAUAAAACAUUUUGUUUGUAAAGCUUAAUAUUAGCAGUACAAACAAUUAUCAGAAUUAUACUGUUUUUUUGUUUUUUUCCUCCUGAUGUUUUGGUGCAUCCCAAUUUAAUAAUCUCACAGAUGUUCAAAAAUAGCCACAAUAACAGAUCUAAUUUAUCAGAUUAAUGUGUCUGGUGGCCAUAACAACAAUACACUUAAUUAAGUUAAUUGAGUUACAUAUUUUUCCCAGUAGACACUUUACUCUGUUAUCUGAAUUAUUAAGACGAGAUGUUGGCUGGCUACCAUUUCUAUUAUCUGCAAUGUACAGUAAGAGCUGUAACUUUUGACGUGUGGGCUUAAGGCCAAUGCUUGUUUUCCAGCAGAGUCAAUAAUAUCCCAGCGAAUAAGCUAUUGUAAUAAGCUGGCCUAAAAUAGAGGCAUAUUCUCAAGGACUGUUGGGUGGACUUUGUCAGAUAUAAAAGCAAAUUCAUAUGCUUGAUGCAUCUUUAUAUACACAACUGUCAUUAAGAACAAACCCAGCUAUUUACUGGAUCCAUCGAUUUAUUUUUGCACUGCAUCUACAGAUCUGUGAAAAAGUUGCAUGUGCCACCUUUUACAUCUCAUUUUUGUAAAGGAUUGUGAAGGAUCUGAUUUUUGAUUUUCAUUCCAUCUUGUUUUCUUGACUGUUUGCUAGAAUAUCAGAGAUGAGUAUCUUUGAAUUAAACUAUUCUGUAGCACAAAUGUUUUAUAACAAUGUUUGCAUUUACUGAAUGAAAUAACACAACUCUUACAUCCGU